GCGAUCCGCGUAAAGAGUGAUCGUAAAAUAAGCAGCAGCAAAACUUUAAGAUGUUUUGGAAACAAACGGGGAAAUGUAUUUUCUUUAUUUUUAUUACACACCAACUGGUUACUUUAAGUACGUGCCUCCGGUCGGCAGGCAUUAGGACAUUAGCCACAGCAGGUGAUUUCAAAGCAAGUGGUCACUUAAGUGGAGGCGACCACAAUUAUACUGAAAGGGACGGUAAGUUAAGCCCAAGGUUCGGGAGACUCGUGCUCGGUCGCGCAGCACUAAACUACCGCGAUGGAGUCGGCCUGGAUGCUACUGGAAAACAUGGCCUGUUGAACAAGAAAUUCAGCGGUUAUAGCGAAUACGAAGAACUAAUAGAGAACAGCAAACAGACCGGUUCAGAUUCAACUAACGCAUCUCGUCAGUCUUAUCAGCAGAUAUCUCAGCCUCAGGACCCGAGUCGAACCUUGAGAAAUUCAGCAGCAAAAACGGAAUCGCCCGGGAAUGCAGCCCAAGGAAGGACCACAAAUCAAAGCGACAAUGUCAGUGCGAAGGGCUGGUCCUCUCACUCAAACGGCUGCACUCUUGGGGAAAUGUACUCAAGGAGCACGGAUGACCUCAAGUCUUCUGGGUCAAUAAAUUACCAGGCUGGAUAUCAAUCUGAUUCAGCACUUCCAGGUAUAGAGGAAGGAAGAUUGUCGCUGAGGGAGGUCACAGGCUUUUUGCCUGGUCCUGGCUCUCCGGUAACAGAGGGCUGGCUGCGGACGAUGGCCUUGGUGCAGUGUGGGCACAACAACAUGAGUCUCACGGUCAGAAAAAGUGAAUCUACGCACCUUAUGAUAGAUCAAGGGCAGACGCACCCGCUGUCUUUGUCCCAGCUGCCCCUCUGUGGCUACUCUGUGGAGACCACAUGGAGGGACCUGGUCUUCACGGCUCUCUACGAUGGCUGCCACGUCAGACGAGAGGAUGGAAGGCACGUCUUGUCGUUGAUUUGGCGGGGGACCCCGGUGAAGAUGUCCUGCCCCGUCCCGCCAGCCCCUGCACCACUCUCCCUCUGCUGCAACCCCUUCGGCUUCACGGUGACGGUCGAGGUGGGCCACCCUGCAGUCGACGUCGAAGUCGACAUGGGCCAGGAGUGGAGGUCCUUGGCCUCAGUGGCUAAUCUGUGUGGGUACAUUGUGGAGGUGAACUCCGGGAAGCUGGUCAUCGCUGUCCCCUUUAAAACCUGCGGAGUCACAUUGAAGGAUGGGAAGUACACCCUGUCCCUUCGCACGGGAGAUAAGGAGAGCACCUUCUCCUGUCCUUCUCAAUUUUCUCCACCUCCUCUUCCCUCCGCAUACUCCCAUCCCACACCCAGUCUGCUAACGCCACCCCCCGCUCCCACUCCCAGUCCACCCACCGGUCCCCCAGCCAUCCGUGAGCACCCCGCCCAAUCCCCCACGUUUUCCUGGCAUCAGCCGCACCACCCUGGUGCCACCCCCCCGGGUCAAAACGCCCGUGAUCCUCCCCCUGUUGACUCUCCGCACUUCCACCACAGGCUGCCCAUUCUCUACCCCCAACGCCCCCCACCUCCCCUCGCACACCCGCUGGGCCCCUCUCCCCCCCAUCUCCUGGCAUACUCCCUGAACCCCACUCAUGCCUCCCGUGCGCCUCAAAUUCCCAUUGAUGCCCCGUAUGCAAUUCCCGCCCUGCCUCCACACCAACCCCCAAAUGGAGCUGGAACCCUGGUUCCUGACGACUGUGCGAGCCGUGAUUCCCCCUUGCGUCCGGCCGUGGGCCUGCCUCCCCCUGCUGCUCCUCAGGACCCCCUCCCUGUCCCCUCUUAUUAUGAUCUAAUGUCCCAGCUUCGUCCUCACAACUCCCAAAGUCCACACAGCCCCUUCAGUGCUCACAUGCCACCUGUGACUCAGACCCAUCACUCUCCUCCUCAUCAUCCUCCUCUUCCUCACUCUCAUUCACACAGCCACCUGAACCAGCAGCAGCUGCCCCCAUCUAAAGACUCUUCCCAUCAGCCUCAUGGUCCAAUUAAAUCUCCCCCAUACUCUACAAAUCACCAUGUCAAUCCUUCCUAUAACCAAGCAAAGCAUCCUGAUCCUGCACAUCACCAUGGCAACCCUUUCAUUAACCAAGCAAAGGCUCCUCAUCCAGUACAUCACCUUGGCAACUCCUUUAACCAAGCAAUGCCUAAUCCAGCACACCACCAUGGUAACCCUUCCUUUAACCUAGCAACGGCUCUUCAGCCAUCACACCACCAUGGCAACCCUUCCUUUAACCAAGCAAGGCCUCCUUAUCCAGUACAUCACCAUGGCAACCCUUCCUUUAACCUAGCAACGCCUCCUCAUCCCCACGGAAACCCUUCCUUUAACCUAGCAACGCCUCCUCAUCCAGUGCCUCCCUGCCCAGCAGCGUCUCGUCUGAAAACGUCUGUGUCCCCUGUUCCUCUCACUCCUCUGCCGCCUGGCUCUCCCUUCUUCCCCCUGCCAUUCCUCAGCUGUGAACCAAACAAAAUGGCCGUCACUUUACCUUCUGCUCACCCGGCCUCCAUCGCAGUCAAAGAUUGGGCGGUGGGAGACUGGAUUCCCAUCGGGAGCGCUGAUCCGCAGUGUUCCUACAUGCUGUACUUUGGGGAACAGGGAGUCCUGACUCUCUCCUCACCUCUCCCUGCCUGCUAUAGCUGCAGCUUGUCCCCCUCUAUCAUAUCUCUACAUGUGAGGUACUGGGACAUGGCACUGGAGCAGUUGCAGAUUUUGGGUUUAAAGUGUCUGUAUUCGCCGGGCUCCUCCAUGCAGUCUCCGACCAUAGAACAUCCUCAGGUCUACUGUACCCCUGAUCACAUGAGCGUAAGACUGCCACCUGGAGUGUGGGAUGUCUUUGUUCAGGACCGUAAGGGGAAUGAGAUCAGGCUGCUGGAUGCCCCAGGGGAUUGUGGGUAUGGAGUGAGGAAGCAUGAUGGUGAUGGCACUGUUCUGACCCUCCCCUUCACAUGUCACAUUGCUCACGAGGGUCAGAAACGCACCAUUGGCGUUAAAAUCCUGCGUGAACGUGGGUCGCAAGUAGAACGGCUGUCUUGUCCUGUUGCGGCAACCAUCCCAAAAGAAGGCUGCGGUUUCCGUGGUGACGCUCAGCCGUCCUGUGGACCUGGAUGCGCACCGGUUGGCCGUGGGCCCCGCCCUGACCCCCAACCUGGGCCGUGCUUCCCCCCAACACGAGGUUACAUGGCAGAUGAGGGUGUGGCCCAGUCAGAGAAAAGCCCCUCCUUUCAGCCUGCUGGACCAAUGGGUGUUCAGUUGAGGAUUGGCACAGACCAGAACUAUACCAGCUAUUACCACAAGAGCCGGAAAUUCCGGAGCCUUCUGGGACGGCCACUCUUCCUGGAGCUGCGUCUCGUGAACGCCCCUGACUCCAGUCUAGUGCUGCUGGUGCACUACUGCCAGGCCUACUCCACCUCCACACAGACCCCCAGGCUGCUCAUCUACCACCGCUGCCCAUACCCCCAGCAACCUCCUCUUCCUGUACCCCCAAGUCCGGUCCGGAGGUUCACCGUUACCACGUUCCAGCACCUCCCCCCAGGGGUUCAGUUCUCCCCUGAUCAAGAGAUCAGCUUUUGGUGUUCCACAGAGGUCUGCUCGCAGUCUGAGGGACGUUGCACGGAGAGCUGCUUCACCUGAGAAAACCGCGACGCGCUCAGUUCGGCCUGUGAAGACCGGGACGCCAGCAUGCGAGCUGGCGCGGAGAAAGGGGAAGGGGACCCAUGUGGACUGUGAAAGCCUGUGGUUCUGAACACUGAGUGUUUGUGGAAAGAGGACCCUGUUCUUGCAUGUAGCCUUUCUGUUCCAAAACCAGAAGGUGUCUUUUAUUUUUUACUUUUUUUUUUUUUUUCUUUACCCCCCUCAAGGAUUGUAUGUUGAGACCAUUGAUAACUUCAACAUCAGAAAAAUCUGUCAACCAACCAAGUGUAAAUGUAAAAAAAAAAAAGAAAAAAAAGAAAAGUGUACCAAAACACUUGUAUUAAAGUAGCUAAAAGCAUGUGAGGUUCUAGGACCUCCUGGUGUUUUGGUAUUCUGAAAGAAAAUAAUCCAAGAAACCUUGGCUGGCCUCUGCAGAGACCAGAACAACAACUCUGGGCAGUGACCAAAAUUGAAUGUCUCACAUUAAGUACAGUUUUGCACAGACCUCUCAGCAGGGUGUGGUGGCUCAGCUGAUUUGGGACAAACACUACUGGCUCUGUGGAGGGAGGGGAGGGGAG